AUGACUUUACAAAUAAUUGGAUCCUUCUAUCAGGGCAUACAUCGUUUUUCCACUUCUGUGCCCAGUGAUCCUGAUACACAUGAAGAUUUUAGACCCACGACUAAAGUUGGGAGUUCUGACAAGUCCUUGAAGGACAUUGUUGAGCAUGAUAUCAAAGAAAACCCUGUGAUGAUAUACAUGAAAGGGGUGCCAGAACUUCCUCGAUGUGGAUUCAGUGCACUAGCAGUGAGGGUCUUGAAAGAAUAUAAUGUUCCUCUAAGUGCAAGAAAUAUAUUAGAAGACCUUGAGCUAAAGAAUGAUGUAAAAUCCUUCAGCCACUGGCCGACAUUCCCUCAUAUAUUCAUCAACGACGAGUUUGUUGGGGGAUCUGAUAUCAUUCUUAACAUGCAUCAGACUGGUGAAUUGAAGGAAAAACUGACCGUCGAUGCAGAGAAACAGCAAUAAAACAGAUUUAUGCGCGGUUGCUGGAUGGCGAGGAUGAUCCCCUCCCUUUAUCCCAGAUUAUAUCUAUUGCUCGACUAAUAAGGACAUGAC